AUGUCUUACAGCGGCAGUUACGGAGGCUCUCGCGGCGGCGGCGGAGGGUACGGUGGCAGCAACGGCCACUCCAACGGGUACGACAGUUCCAACCGCGGCUACGGAUCCUACGACUCCAGUCGCUACUCCAACGGAUACGGUGGUAGCAACGGUUACUCUGGCGGCACGAAUGGCUAUGGCGGUGGUAGUAACGGAUAUGGCGGCGGCAACAGCUACGGUGGAGGCUACGGCGGAGGCGCAGGAGGCGCCGGCGGCGACAGAAUGUCCAAUCUAGGUGCCGGUCUCCAGAAGCAACACUGGGAUCUCGCGACCAUGCCGAAGUUCGAGAAAUCGUUUUACAAGGAAGAUCCAGCAGUUGCCGCUCGCUCAGAGGCCGAGGUCGCGAAGUUCCGCCAGGAGCAUCAGAUUGCCAUCCAAGGCCGCAACGUCCCCAAGCCGGUCACAUCCUUCGACGAGGCCGGUUUUCCAUCAUACGUCAUGAGCGAAGUCAAGGCACAAGGUUUCGCAAAACCUACAGCUAUCCAGUCUCAGGGCUGGCCGAUGGCUUUGUCUGGGCGCGACGUUGUAGGCAUCGCCGAAACUGGUUCGGGCAAGACCCUGACCUACUGUCUCCCAGCAAUUGUUCAUAUCAACGCUCAGCCUCUUCUCGCCCCAGGCGAUGGCCCCAUUGUCUUGAUUCUAGCUCCCACCCGUGAGCUGGCAGUGCAGAUCCAACAGGAGAUCAGCAAGUUCGGCAAGUCCUCUCGCAUUCGCAACACAUGCGUGUACGGAGGUGUUCCCAAGGGCGGCCAGAUCCGUGACCUUGCACGCGGCGUUGAAGUCUGCAUUGCCACACCGGGCCGCUUGAUUGAUAUGCUCGAGUCCGGAAAGACCAACCUUCGUCGUGUUACUUACCUCGUGCUUGACGAAGCUGACCGUAUGCUGGAUAUGGGGUUUGAACCACAGAUUAGGAAGAUCAUCGGUCAGAUCCGCCCGGACCGUCAAACCUGCAUGUGGUCGGCGACAUGGCCGAAGGAAGUGCGCCAGCUUGCAUCGGAUUACCUGAACGAUUUCAUUCAGGUCAACAUCGGUUCCAUGGAAUUGUCAGCAAAUCAUCGCAUCACCCAGAUUGUCGAGGUCGUCUCGGACUUCGAGAAGCGCGACCGAAUGACCAAGCACCUUGAGCGCAUUAUGGACGACAAGAACAACAAAGUUCUGAUUUUCACGGGUACUAAGCGUGUCGCGGAUGACAUCACUAGGUUCCUUCGCCAGGAUGGCUGGCCAGCACUGUCGAUCCAUGGUGACAAGCAGCAGAACGAACGCGACUGGGUCCUCAACGAGUUCAAGACCGGAAAGAGCCCCAUCAUGGUUGCCACCGACGUGGCAUCCCGUGGUAUUGAUGUUCGCAACAUCACCCAUGUGCUGAACUAUGACUAUCCGAACAACUCGGAGGACUAUGUUCAUCGCAUUGGUCGAACAGGUCGUGCUGGUGCCACUGGUACCGCUAUCACGCUCUUCACAACUGAGAAUUCGAAGCAGGCUCGCGACCUUGUAGCUGUGCUUACAGAAUCCAAACAGCAGAUCGACCCCCGUCUGCAUGAGAUGGCCCGCUACGGCGGCGGCGGUGGUGGCGGCCGUUACGGAGGCGGCCGAGGAGGUCGCGGCGGUGGUCGCGGCGGCGGUAAGCAACACUCUUUGAAUCCGGACACUAGUAUACUAAUUCACUUCACAGGCUUCGCAUCGUCCAACAGCGCACCAGUGCGGAACUCUCGCUGGUAG